CCUUUGUGAAAACUUCCAUUCACUUUUUCAAACCAGCAGCCUGCUGUCGUCUACCUUAACUGCAUCACCCCCUCAUCCCCCUCUUCUCACUUUCAAACUUCCUCCACCACUCUCCCAUUACUCUCCGCACUGGGAAUUUCUGUCGAAAACGUACGCAACUUUCUCAGUCAUCCACGACAAUGGCGCCAGCCAGCAAGAGCAAUGAGAGCCUCAUGUUUCUCUUCAUCUGCGUGAGCAAUCUCAAAGACAACGCUAUCGACUUCAAUGCUGUCGCUGCCGCAACGAACCUCAAGAUCACAGCCGCGCGCAUGCGUUACUACCGCCUCAAGAAGCAGCUUGAGGGAGAGCUUGUCGAUGGCAAGUUGGAUCUCACCAAGGCGGCAGCUGAUAACUCUGAGUCUACUGAGGCUGCCGCGGCCCCUGCUAUGGAUUCAGCCUCUACCCCUGCGCCCGCUAAAAAGCAGCGUGGAGCGAAACGCAAGAAGACCGUGGUCAAGGAGGAGAACGCCGACUAGUAAGAGC